AUGAAGUUCUCUGCUCUAGUCCUUGCCACUGCUGCCAUUAUUGCUACAGCAAAUGCUAUUAGAGGUUUCGAUGUAGGAGAAAGCUGUACGGCUAUCAAAGUACAAGCUACGUGUGAAGAGCAUGCAUGUAAAUGGGAUGUUGCUUCCAAUGGCUGUAUGCCGGUCCCUGAUGGUGGAAAAUUGCGUGGUGGAGUUGCUUUUUGA